AUGAUGCCCUCCUUGCAUAUAGCUGCUACUAAAGUUUACUUGCAGAAAACGUUUGAUAUUAAAGACCUCGGUGAGCUCAGAUAUUUUCUUGGCAUCGAAGUCUUCCGAUGCAAAUACACACUUGACUUACUCCGAGACACAGGGAAGCUUGGGGCCAAGCCUGCCCGGACACCUCUUGAAGCCAACUACAAGGAUACGUCGGACUCCUCGCCAUUUCCUGACAUCGAACGUUUUCGACGGGUGGUAGGUAAGCUGAUUUAUCUUACUCUUACGAGACCUGACUUAAGCUUUGCGGUGCAUCAGGUGAGUCAAUGGAUGCAUGCACCGACUCUCCACCAUUGGCACAUGGUGGAUCGAAUCCUACGUUAUUUGAAGGGCUUGCCGGGAAUGGGGAUAUGGAUGCACAACAAUCAACACACCGAGAUCGUGGGAUACUAUGACGCAGAUUGGGCCAGAGAUAAAGCCGAUCGCAAGUCUACCACUGGAUACUGCACCUUUGUUGGCGGGAACCUUGUUACUUGGCGAAGUAAAAAACAAACGGUGGUGGCGCGGUCGAGUGCCGAGGCGGAAUAUCGAGCCAUGGCAAAUACGACAUCCGAAAUCAUUUGGCUCAAAACACUCUUGGGGGAACUCCGACUCGACUCUACAUCACCGGUUACCCUUCACUGUGACAACCAGGCUGCCAUUCACAUCGCUACCAAUCCAGUUUUCCAUGAACGUACGAAGCACAUCGAAGUCGAUUGCCAUUUCAUCCGUGAGAAGAUACUUCAAGGUAUCAUCUCCUUGAGCUAUACGAAGAGCACCGACCAACUUGCAUAUAUUUUUACCAAGGCUACCUCAACCGAUGUUCUUCAUUAUCUCGUUGGCAAGCUCGGCAUGCAUGACUUCUACAUGCCUAGCUUGAGGGGGAAUAUUGGAGGAGAUAUAUACGAAAGGGGGAACUCCGACUUGAACAAAUCUGGACAGCACGAAGACUUGGGCCACAAAGACUUGGGCCUUACUAAAGACAAGGAUGAUGGGCCUGAUGACGUUGACCCAAAUGCUCAAGGUGCUUCUUCUUCUUCCUUCCAACCCUAAUCACGCCGAAGGAAUCCCGUAUGAAGAUCUUCCUGAUGGAGAUCAUUACGCUCAUAUAUUCUAGUUCUCAUAUUUUUCUUUGUGAUGAUUUUUUAUGUUUCCAUAUCAGACCGACUUUCCUUUUCUGGAUUAUUCUUCUUCUUCUUCGUUUUGCCAUCUGUAUAUAUGUGCUGCA